GGAUUAGGCGUUCAGCGCAACAGUGCGAGAAAGAGAGAGAUUGUGGAGCGAACGACUAAUAGAGAGAGUGUGUAAAAUGGUGGAAACCCUAGCUAUGUCGUCAAUUCAAUCCCUAUUACCAACUCCUUCCUCCAUGGAAGAACCUCAAAACUGGUUAGAAUUUCCGCGCGAUGUAACGCUGAUGAUAUUGAUGAAAUUGGAGGCCAUUGAAAUACUUGAAACCGCUCAAUUUGUGUGUAAAUUGUGGUACAACCUCUGCAAAGAUCCAUCAAUGUGGCGUUCGAUUGUGAUGUUGAAUUUGGAUGAACCUGAAUUGUCGGAAAAAUACCAGAACAUGUUGUACAGUGCUGUUGAUCGUAGUUCUGGUGGUUUGAUCAAUCUCAAUAUUGAGGGUUUUGGUUGUGAUGAACUUGUUAAGUAUAUUGCACAAAGAUCAAGUCUUCUUAAACACCUUCGCCUUGCAUGCUGCUAUAAAAUAUCCGCUGAUGCACUGAUUGAAGCAUUUGAAAAAUUUCCUUUACUGGAGGAGCUUGAGCUUACUUUGGUCUCGUUCUCAGGAGAGCAAAUUCUAAACAUUAUUCGUCGUUGCCCGUUCCUUAAAACUUUCAAAUUGAAUCAGCAAGGAUCUAGAAACCCAAGUUUAGCGUGUGAUGAUGAGGCACUGGCAAUUGCAGCAAGCAUGCGUGAAUUGCACCACCUGCAGCUCAUUGGAAAUAGCAUGACAAGUGAUGGUUUGCAAGCCAUUCUUGAUAAUUGUCCUCAUCUUCAGUCUCUUGACCUGCGUGCAUGUUUUCACGUGCAUCUUGAUGGCAAUUUGAUGAAGAGAUGUUCUGAAAAGAUCAAGGAGUUGCGUCGUCCCAAUGAUUCCACUGAUGACUAUAACUAUCUUACCACAGAUUAUGAUAGUGAUUUCGAUGAAAUCUACGCAGAUGAAUAUGAGGACAUGGACUACGUUUCUGAUGAUGAUCAUUAUGAAUUCUCAGAUGAUGAUGAACUCCCCUACUAUGCAGAUGUGUAUGAUUAGUCGUGUGUUCAGCCACAAGUUCAAAGGAAAGCCAUACUUGGGGCAAUGCAAGAGUAUCAACGAGAAAAAAACCGGAGAAAUGAACUGAUCUUUGGAGGGUAGUAGAACAGUUUAAGUAGUUUCCGAAACUUAUUACUCUGCUACUGACUGUUAAAGAUGUUUAGUUUGUGCUUGUAUUAAUGUGAAUAUCGUUUGAAGACGGUGUAUGCUUGUGUGUAAAAAGUGCUAUUAUGAACGGUAUAUGAUGAUUAUUCACCAAAAUCCUAUGUGGACUUUCAUUAAAACAA